UAACGUGACACGCGACCGCCGAGUAGUGCUUUGUACGACCGGCGUUGGACCGCUCUAUGGUGUGUAACCUCUACCUAUAUUGUCUCAUUGCACGUUGCCCGCGUGUAUGUGUGUGUGUUAACGGAAAAUAACGCGUGCAACAUCGUUUUGGUUUUUCUUAAAAAAAAAAUGAACCGCUAAAGGAGUUUAUAUACUACCCAACAGCGUUGCCGAACAGAGAAAAUGGCCAAUUACGGCAGAACCGAACUGUUGUCGGACAUUGUAGUGUACUUGCAAACGGUAUUGGCCGGCGAAAAGCUGUCGGAAAAAGCCGAAGUCCAACGCAUUCGACUGCUGGCAAAACUUGUCAACAGAGAACAGUCGCCGACCCGGACUUCUUACAUGGAGAUGAACACCGGACGUUCCAAAAGUACGAUAAUCAAGUCGAACAGCUUCGCCUGUCUUCAUCAGCAAGCCGCGUACGAGGAAUUGUGUUCGGACGACCAACCGAUAUACAACAACGUGCCCUACGAGGAGUACGACAUGCUGGACAACUACGAGCCGUUUGGCCUGCCCGUCUGUGCGAACGGACACACCGGAAGGGGGUCGACAGGCGGCAGGCAGUUCGAGAAAAACGCCAAACGGUAUAGCGGCGAAUCGACCAACGGCGACGACUCUUCCCUGGGGUCGUCGCGGUGCACCCUCAGCAAGUCGGUCAGUCUGAGCAGCAGAUCUAACAGCGACUCUUCGGAGAGCUCCAAGAGCGACGUGAUCUUCGUGUCGGCCAACGCCGUCAAGUAUUCCGCCAGCAAGUACGGUCAGCUGAUGAAACGAGACAAGAUCCUGUUUGUCGACCACACGAAAAAAUUCUGGGCCGCCGUGCUGGCUUCCACCAUGUACGUGUACCACGGCGAAAAAGAGGUCAAACCCUGUCUGGUCAUCCAUCUGGAAGGGUACACGGCGAGGGACGCCAACGCCGGGGGACCGGGCUCCAACAAAAAGGACUGGGCCUUGGAACUGGUUUGCCCGGGAAAAAAGACUUAUCAAUUCAUAGCUCAAAGCCAAAAAGAUUUGCAGUCAUGGAUCGAAGCGAUCAACAGUUCUGGCACAACUACCAAUAAGUUGUCCACCCCCGCUGAUCCUUUGACUCAUCCGCCGUCGCCGAUAUGCUUCAAACACGAACAAGUACUGUUACCCAACCGGCAGCUUCCGGUUCCGCCUACGGAAAUCACCCCGGAACCCCAAGACUAUUGUUACGACAAACCCAAUCCUAUUGUCAGGCCCGUCCACGUGUACGCGAAUUCUGCAGGCACCGACGAGGUCGACAUGGAAUCCAUUUACCAGCUGAUCGACGAGUCCGAACAGAAUAAAGCCACCGACCCAACGCCCGAAGUCUCAAUUACUGUUAACGUUGAACCGUGUAACGUCGUUGACGACUCUUACUAUAAUAUUCCAAGCAAUAUACCGGUGCCCGUCGAACAAGAACAAAACAAUAACAUCUACGACGAAUAUUGUACCGAAAAAGAGAUGUGCUACGAUAUCGUGACCAUUUCGGGAGAGUGCGGCGUGCCUACCGAUCCGGUGUUGGGCGUUCAGCAGAUCAUCCAGAAAAUGGAGGAGAUUAACAGCAAAAACAGAACGUCUCCAGCGCUAAGGCGAAAAUCGCCUCCGAAGAACAACAGUUUGCUGAGAAACUCGACUUGUGCCAAUUCGUUUUACGAGCCUUCGACAAUCACAAACAACAUGACCACCACUGUAGUCGUCACACAAGCGUAUAGGAAAUCCCGUUGAAAUGAUUUGCGUACAACAAAAAUUGCCACAUUUUGACUUGCACCAACUAUGCGCUUGGGUAAUGACAACUACCACCACCGGUUCAUCUUGUUCAACGACUGAGUUAAGUAAAGUGGGCCGUUGCUUUACCAUAAGAAAACUACUGGCAGUGGCCGGCCGUUCAUCAUAAAUCAACCAGAAUCUGUGAUUUCUAUUGCAGUACCGGCCUCUGUUUUGUUGCUAUAUUAUUAUCCAAAAUGUACAAAAUACCGAUAAAAAAAAAAAAAAACCGAAAAACGAAAUGUUGAAAAAAUAAUAUUUGUAUAAAAAAAAAACUGCUCAAGUUAAUAUGCUUUUUUUUUUUUGUCUUUUUGUAAUUAUAAUUAUUAUUCGAUUAGACCUAUAUAUUAUAUUGUAAAAAUGUUAUAAUUAUUGUUUUGUUGUUUGUAAAAGUCGUGUUACGCUUUGAAAAUAUCGUUUUCUGUGUUUUCGAUUGAAUGUAAAUUUUUUUUUAUGUAUUGAAAUCUGUACAAUGUCAAACGCGCGUUUUCGUUUCUAGUCCAUAGAUUUUAAACAUUUUUUUUUUUUUUUGGGGGGUAUUUUUGUACAUUUUAAGUUUGCUCAUUUUUAUUCGUUUUAUUAUUAUUAUUAUUUAAACGCAACCUAUUGAUAACACAAUUUACAAAAACGUUUUCAUUGUUUCUCCAAGAUCUCAAAACCAAUCCGUUCCUCUGAAAAUCACACUCAUACGACGUAUUCCAUUCACUCAUCAAACAAAUAAUUAUUAUAUUCCAAAACAGCCGAUCGUUUAUUUUUAUAAUCCAAAGAAAACCUAUCAAGUACUAUUAUGUUGUUAUUAAUAUAUAGAGCUGUACAUCUCUAUAGCUGAACAGGCAAUACGACAUUUAGGUUAAUUAUUGAAAAAUUGACCAAUUGCAUUUAUCUUUUUUCACAUUAGCAGUGUUGAAUUUUCGUUCAGUAAGCAUUAAGUAACGUCCAAGUUAGAUUAAUUUUAUUGUUAUUAUUCCAUGAGCUCAUACAUGAAAAAUGUAACCGCCCCUUUUUUCUUUAUACAUGUAGCUGUGUAAGUUUGUUUAUUUUAUCCAAUAAAAUAUAAUCGUCCUUUUAAAAUUGUAUUUUUAACGAGUUACAGUAUAUAUACAA